AGAAUUAUGAGAAUUUAAAAAUGACAAAAUUAUUCCCAAUCUAAGCAGAAACAUAGUUUGAGGGAGUUGUGUUUCUAUCCUGUUGUGCUGUUGUGCCACUGCACUUUAGGGUAUGGGGGUUGAGAAUGAGAAAGUUCUGGCGGGCGCAGGUGCCGCAGCAAUCGUCUUAAUUUUGGUCGUCUUUGUAGCUGUGAUAACUUCAAAAGGAGGGCCAGAGGAAUUAGCCCUGCCAACAUUUUCUAGAAGGGUCUCAGAGUGCAUUGAAUUGGAUACACAAGAUUCCUUCAAUAUAACAGAGUUUAGAAAAGUUUGCGAAAUUCAGGGGAAAAGAAUAAUUAUAAAUCCUGACAAGAUACCGUAUAAUCUUAGCGAGGUUAUCCUUUGGACCCUAGAUAAUGGGAAUACGAUCAAAACAAUGCAGAUGGAAGCUGAAGAAGGAGAAGAAUGUUACAUUUUUGACAGAUUAGAGAAAGUUUUGGCCACCGAAGUUAUUGCAAAACAAAGGUGGAAGGCUGUUAGGCUCAAACAAAAGUUUGAUAGAAACAGAUUUAAGAAUUUCUCUGGAAGUUAUUCUGAUGACAGUCUUUUUAUUGCUAAAGGAGGGCAUGAGAAAGAAAUCUACGUUCCAGAGGAUGGUGCUGAUACAGGGCUAUUCGCAGCUGUUCUUCAGGCUUACAAGAAUCAUUGGGUUUUACGAACAACGCCUGACGAUUGGUUUUUGCCGGUCAUUCGACGAAUAGCUCAGGUAGUUGAUAACAAUGCAUUAAAGCCUGAAGUUGAGAAUUAUCUGUUUGGACGAGGCCGAUCAAAGAAGAACUUGACGGUUCAGUUUAACCGCGGAUUCGAGGAAAUGUUUGCUGAGCUUACAAAACAGGUUUCAGACCAGCUUGUAACGCUAGAAUAUGCUACGGUGUUUCAAGCGAACUUCAGCACAACAACUGACACAGAUAAAUUAGUUAGUCAGCUCAUCCUUCUCUCAUCCGUCCAAAAAUAUUUUAACUUCGAUACGUAUAUUGCUUGUGGAAUUCCAGAGGUUGAAUUGAUGGGGACAGAAGGUGACUGGGUGGCUCUUAUCAAAAANACGUUUUUGUACUACCUUUAUAUAUAUAUAUUUAUAUACUGGUGUAAAGUUUUGUACUACCUUUAUACUAAUUUAUGUUUUGCAGUGUACAGUAUUGUAAUACCUAUAAUAUUUAUGUACUGGUGAAUUAUGUACUUUGUAUUGUACACCUACAAAAAAUAUGUA